CAUCGGGUUAACGUUACACCUUGAGUUACCUGCAAACCUCAAAUCCUGCUUUGUAGUAACUUACAGGCCCCCACCUUUAAAGUCUACAUUAGUUCGGCGGUUUAAGGCCACUGUACAUUACCACAGACUGUAACUUCUGUGCACGUCCUGUUGACGUUAUCUGAAAUAUUCAUCACAAAGUAACUUAAGUGAAACUAGUCAAACUGUCAGUUGCAAAGUUUUACCAAAAAUUAUGAAUUGUGUUUACCUCGUUGGAUUAAUGGCAGGGGACUAUUUACAAACUAACUUUAUGACUCCCUGUAGUCUGCCAGUUUGGAGUUUUCUCCAGUUAAAUUAGCUGGGUGGUCCACGCCCUUCGACGUGACGUUUUCAACUGAAAGCUAGCGGCUAACGUUAAUUAGCUAGUGUAGGCCAGCUGAGGGGUUGUCUAAAAACCACGCUGAUACGUUAAAGUUAACUAAAUUGUGGGUGGAAAGGGAAAGAGAGACACUCCUUUGCAUGUUCUCAAAAUCACAUCGCUAAUGUUGAUCCUUGUUACACCAGAUAGCUUGUUGCUAGCAUAACCAAGAACUGUUUAUGAAUGCGAUCAACAAACUUACAGUUCCUGAUGUCAGAGAUGAACACGGCCAGGCCACGCAUCCCAUCCCCUUUAGAGACUGCAGGCAUUUUGUUCACGCCUUGUUAAUGUGACGGUUUCUCUUCUGUAUUCAAAAUAUAGCGUAACUAUAUAGGGUUACUUAGUUUCAAAGUUUGCUAACAAGCAAGCGUGUAUGGUACAGGGAGCCCCGAUAUGUGACGGGGACAGGAACAGACAAGCUGCGGCUGCGUUCAAUACAUCCAGAGCUACACUACAACCUAAAGGAGGGCUGCGUUCCAAACAUAGACAGCCAUGUAUGCCAAAAAGUCAGACGAACAGGGACCACGCAAAAGACGUUCUUUUGAGUCUGAGGAGAAGCAGCUCAACAAUGAAGUUACCUUCAGUAAAAUUGAUGAAAGCCCGGACAACAAGAGCAGCUCCCCUGGAAAGCCCACCAGCUCUGAGAAAGGCAUUGCAACUAUCAUAUUCUCAGUGAAAGAUGAAGUCGGUGGUCUUGUCAAGGCCCUUAAGCUUUUCCAGGAAAAACAUGUCAACCUCAUUCAUAUCGAGUCCCGCAAGUCCAAACGAAGGAAUUCAGACUUUGAGAUCUUUGUGGAUUGUGACACUGACCAUAAACAACUUAAGGAGCUGACUCAGCUGCUAAGGAAGCAUACUGAUAUUGUUGAGAUGACCCCACUUGACAACUCCACUCUCCCUGAUGAUGAUAUGGCUGAUGUGCCCUGGUUCCCUAAGAAGGUCUCUGAUUUGGAUCUGUGUGCGAACAGGGUUUUGAUGUAUGGCUCUGAAUUAGAUGCUGAUCAUCCGGGAUUUAAAGACAACAUAUAUCGUAAAAGAAGAAAAUAUUUUGCUGAUUUGGCUAUGAGCUACAAACAGGGCGAUCCUAUAUUUCGGAUAGACUUCACAGCAGAGGAGGUGCAUACCUGGGGUGUGGUGUUCAGGGAGCUCAACAAGCUGUACCUCAGCCAUGCCUGCAAGGAGCAUCUGAAGAACCUCCCUCUGCUCACCAAAUACUGUAACUACAGCGAAGACAACAUCCCCCAGCUGGAGGAUGUCUCACACUUCCUCAACGAGCGCUCAGGCUUCAUCAUUCGACCAGUGGCAGGGUACCUCUCCCCCAGAGACUUUCUAGCAGGCCUGGCCUUCAGAGUAUUCCACUGCACUCAGUAUGUCCGCCACAGUUCUGAGCCUUUGUAUACACCUGAACCAGACACAUGUCAUGAGCUGCUGGGUCAUGUUCCUCUGCUUGCUGAGCCCAGCUUCGCCCAGUUCUCUCAAGAGAUUGGUUUAGCAUCGCUGGGAGCUUCAGAUGACGACAUUCAGAAACUGGCCACAUGUUAUUUCUUCACAGUGGAGUUUGGUCUAUGUAAGCAGGAUGGCAGGCUAAGGGCCUAUGGAGCUGGACUCCUCUCCUCCAUCAGUGAACUCAAGCAUGCUUUGUCUGGCAAGGCCCAUAUCCUUCCAUUUGACCCCAUGGUGACCUGUAAUCAGGAGUGCAAAAUAACUACGUUCCAAGAAGUUUACUUUGUCUCACAGAGUUUUGAGGAAGCCAAGAACAAAAUGAGGGAGUUUGCCAAGACCAUUCGGCGUCCGUUCACAGUACGGUACAACCCCUACACGCGGAGUGUGGACAUCCUGAAGGACACCAGCAGCAUCAAUAGCAUGGUGAAAGACAUUCGUCAUGAGCUGGACAUUGUAGAAGACGCCCUGAACCGACUCAAACACCCAAGAGUCUGAGUUGUCAUGUUGGUCAGAAAUCAUCUGAAAGUUCCAAUAAAGCCAACUUGGAGCUUAAUACAGAAGUACCUGAAAAGCGAAUUAGCCUCAAAUCAGUCAACGUAUGUAAUUCAACUUGAUUUAACCUGAUGGGUUUGAUGGACAGAGUGCUACGUCAACGCAAAUUACUGUGUUUUCACCCUUGCACCAACUCUGCAGUCACACAACUGCCUUGAGGCUGGAUCAUGUAAUGAUGGAUCCUGGUAUUUCAUGUUUCUGCUGGCUGCUGCUUAUUUGUUCGUACCUUUCCUCUGUUAAUGGAGCACUUUAAGUUGUUGUUGACAGCUUGCAUACCUGAACAGCAAUGGAUUAUAAUACCUUAAGUAGAAAAAAAGAUUUACUUGCUUUUUUUAAAAAUGUGCUUAUGACUUUUUAAUUGUACUAUACUAAGUGCAUACUAACUGUGUUAUUUUGGAACAAAUCCAAUCUUUGAGAAAGCCUGACAAAGCGUCGGUAUCAGACGCCCUGGGAUGAGACAGGUCUGGAAGCACGGUGCACUAAAUUUUAAUCUGUAGCUUAAAUAUUCAAUAACAUCCGGCUGCGGCCUGUAGCAGGAUGAGUAGAUUGGCUGUAAUGAUUGGCGCUGGCCGCGCCACUUUUCCGUAUGGUCUGUUCUGCACAAGCUCAUAUUAUUGCCAACCAAUUUGUACUACCGUAUGUGUGAACAUUGUAGAAGUGUUCAGAUCCUUUACUUCCAUGAAAGUAAUAACAACACACUGAAAAUACACCACUACAAGUAAGUCCUGCAUUCAAAAGCAUUAGAAUAAUUAUCAGUAAAAUACAGUGACAGUUGUUAAAGUGAUAAUAUUUACUGUACAGUACAAUUGUCCCUGUCAGUGUUUUACUAUUAUAAUACAUUAAUAUAACUGCUGCAUUAAUGUGUGUGUCGCAAUUUUUAAGAGGUUUGAAAUUUGAAAUACUUUACAGCAGCAUCUGAUAUGAGAUCAUUAUGUGUUUGUCUGUAGAGUGAGAACAAAGUGAGAAAAGGGACACUUCAUCUCACUAUUUAGGACAUGGAAAGUAGAGAAGAAUAAAAAUAACUAAACUAAAGCUGUCAGACAAAUGCAGUGGAGUAAAAAGUACAAUAUUUGCCUUUCACAUGUAGUAGAGUAAAAGUAUUAAGUAGCAUAAAAUGGAAAGUACAAGUGUUUCAAUUUGUACUUGAGUAAAUGUAUUUAGUCAGACAAGGUGUCCCGAUAAAUGUUUAAUAAUGCUGCUCUGCCUGACAGUUUUUAUUGUGUAUGUAUGCAUAUUAUAACACAUUGUAUUGUUUUGUUGGUUGUCUCAUAUCAGGUUAUUUUGUUGGAUAUAAAAUGUGUUGAGACUCACCUAAUGCAACUAAUCAAGUUUGACUGGACACUUGACUUGAGAGUGAACUUGCACCUAGAUGCUUAACUCGGACUCUGCAACAAAGCCUGAUCUACUUUGGUACAUGCCUCUAGCACUGCCACUGAACCUCCUGACUUUGGCUAGAACUGCUGCUGACCACUGUCUUUUAGGCCUCUGGAAGUUGAGCUCCCUCUUUCGUACCGGCACAAGCUGCCGGUACCAGGGGCGGACUGGGACAAAAAUUCAGCCCUGGCACUGUAGCCACACCAGUCCACAUUACCACACAUCCCCACUCACAAACACACAUUUACUACUUAGGCUACAUUUGUGUAUAGAUGGUGAAAUAAUAUAAACAGUAGGCCUGCCGUAUGUAACCAAUUUGUAACAUUUAAUGUAUGCGACCGGCACACAAUGCUCAAUACUUUUACACAUGUUUAUAACAAAUUUACACAGUUAAAACAAUGGCUGUCCAUCUGAGUAUGUUGUAGAGUCUGUGUGCUCUCUGUCUGUCUGCUGUUACUGUCUUUCUCUAUUGUAGAGUUAUUUACAAACCGAAACAUUUGUGUGUCACUGUUUCCUUCCUACCUCUACCACCCUCCUCCCUGUCUCUGCUAGGUCUACAGUAGCAUCCUUCCUCACAGCACUGGUACUAGAAGAGCAGGCUGGACUCUGGCUGUACUGAUUCCAGCAGCAUCCUAGUUCUUGAACUCAGUAUAGGAUGUGAACAUUGUAGGAAAAUGUUUUCUCACACACUGAUCUCAACACUGGAAUACACAUGAAUAAA